ACAGUUUUUAAUUGUCCAUUUGCGUAUUAUCCUGCAGCUGAAAAUCGAAGAUGUCUCUCAUUGAAUGAUGUCAGAUCAGCAGACCCUAAUUCCCACACAGAGGAUGUAGAAGGCGAUGCAAUUGAACACUUUUUUAAUUUUGCAUUCCCUGGCGAUAAAGGAUACACACCAGGGUCAGUGAAUGGUCACCAGUUUCAACCGCCAUCAGUUGGUGCAUACGAACAUCCCGAUACAGUAGACUACAACUGUGAUGCUUGUAAUGAAACCACUAUUUGUCAAUGCACUUAUGCUGUAACAUUACAUAGUCCAAAUAAAGACAAGAUAUACCAGUUUGUGUUGACUAAUAUUGGAAAUGGUUCUGGUUGGUCUCAUCCGAUACAUUUGCAUGGACACUCGUUUUAUGUCAUGAAAAUGGCAUUUGGUAACUACGAUAAAAAUUCAGGCAGGCUUGUUCAAAAUGGAGGUCAGGACAAUCAAGAUUUAAUUUGCAAUGACCCGAAAAUAUUUUGUUCUUAUGCAAAAUGGCGAAACAACUCAUGGUCAAACGGAUCUCAUCCCUUUCUUAAUUGGAAUAAUCCACCUCAAAAAGAUUCAAUUAUCGUUCCAACUGGUGGUUACGUUGUCAUUAGAUUUAAGGCCGAUAACCCAGGAGUAUGGUUUUUUCAUUGUCAUAUAGAUUUACACAAUACCAAUGGUAUGGGGAUGAUGAUAAAUGAGUCACCAACAAAUCAUCCAAAUGUCCCGAAUGGAUUUCAAAUUUGUGGCACUUCGUUAAAUGAUGAUGCAAGAGAUAAAUCAACAUCGUAUUAUUGGGCGAUGAUUGGAAUCCUAAUUUAUUCAAUAGUUAUAACGUUUACUCUGGCUUUGUGCUUGUUGAUUCACUGUUGCAAAAAGCAAAGAGAUUACCAGCCGAUGUAAUGGGACGAUGGGCAUACAUGAAGCAUUUUCAAUUCAUUGAACAUAAACCUUAUAAAGUCAUGAAAU